AUUAUCAUUUGGAGAGCUACAAGAUCAACCCUCGAAUCUCUCUCCCAUUGUAUUCUACACUGCACAUAUUAGCACGAAGAAGAAACCAUUAACGUACAAUUACACUUCUUUUUUCUUUUCAAAGGGGAAGAAAGAAAGAAAAAUAAAAAUAAAAUAAAUAAAGAAGGUUGUAAAAAAGCAAGAAAAGGAGGCAGCCUUGUUCUUCUCUUUCUUUUUCUUUUUGGGUUCUAUAAUUUUUUUUUUAAUUGGUUUUCCCUUUUCUUGUUGCCAGUGCUAAGCAUCUUUUCUUCACUUUUCCUGUGAUUUUGCCUCUCACAUCUCUCUCCAUUCUUUCCUUGUUGGAAUAAAACUUCGUUCCCUGUUGUUAUUCUUGCUUUGGCUUCUUUCUUCUUCUUCUUCUUCUUCUUCUUCCUCCCUUAUUAAGCUUCAACGAUAAUUUGCCUCGUAUUUGUUGUCUCUCUUCCUUUCUAGCCAUUUGGUUCUUUGAUCAGUAAAGUCUGAUUCCUUCUUUAUUUUUUGGGUGGGGGUAAGGGGGAGGGUUUCUUUUUCUUUCAUUUGAUUUUUAUUUUAAAUUUGCUGCCUUUACAAUCUGGAUUAGCUGCAAGAUCAUUUUCUUGGGAAUUUACGGUGCUAAUCAUUUCUGGGUUAUGUUGAUCAUCCUGUAAAAUUCAGUUUUCUUUCUCAGCUGCAUCUCAAGACUGGGAAAUUCAGUUUGUUCAGCUUCAUAUCCUUCAAUUCAGUUUACCUCUUACUUGUUUCUUGUCUUUCAUGUUCUUAUAUAUAUAUAUAUAUAUAUAUAUAUAUAUAUAUAUAUAUAUCACAGGACCAGGUUCUUCUCGAUUCUCUUUCCAGUAAAUAUCCCGUGGACAUUUCUUUCUUCAGCUUCAAGUCCUUGAAUAUGCCCUUCCACUUAAUUACUAAUAUUAUUACUUUUAAAUUCACUUCAGAUGUUCUAAAUUUCUCUACUUUUAUUUGAGUUUUUUGUUCAUUCCUCAGCUUUCUUGAUUUACUAGUGAUUUCACGAAUUAUCUUUCUUCUUGGGUUUUUGUUUCAAUGGGAAUCUGUCAUGGAAAACCCAUUGAGACCCAACAACAUGAAUCCAACAACCAUACACUCUCCUUCCAAACCGACUUACAACCACCAACUUCCCACACCAGCAAGGCCUCUAACCCUUUCUAUAGUCCAAGUCCCUUGCCAAGCCUCUUCAAGAACUCACCUGCAAUAUCGAGUGUAAGCUCCACUCCCUUGCGCAUUUUCAAGAGGCCCUUUCCACCUCCUUCUCCUGCAAAGCACAUUCGUGCAUUGCUUGCACGAAGGCAUGGCUCUGUUAAACCCAAUGAGGUCCCUAUCCCUGAGGGUGAUGACAGUGAGAUUGCUCUUGACAAGAAUUUCGGGUUCUCCAAGCAGUUUGCGAGCCAUUAUGUGCUUGGUGAGGAGGUGGGGCAUGGUCAUUUUGGGUAUGCUUGCUCUGCCAAGGCCAAGAAAGGCAGCAUGAAAGGCCAGGAUGUGGCUGUCAAAGUUAUUCCUAAGUCUAAGAUGACCACUGCAAUUGCUAUUGAGGAUGUUAGACGAGAAGUACAAAUAUUACGAGCUCUAACCGGACAUAAGAACCUCGCACAGUUCUAUGAUGCCUACGAAGAUGAUGAGAAUGUCUAUGUUGUGAUGGAGUUGUGCAAAGGCGGUGAACUAUUGGAUAGGAUACUUUCAAGGGGUGGAAAAUACUCAGAAGAUGAUGCAAAGACUGUUAUGGUUCAGAUAUUAAGUGUGGUUGCCUACUGUCAUCUCCAAGGUGUGGUUCACCGUGAUCUGAAGCCAGAGAAUUUUCUUUUCAUUACUGAGGAGGAGAAUUCCCCAUUGAAGGCCAUUGAUUUUGGACUCUCUGACUAUGUAAAGCCAGAUGAAAGGUUGAAUGACAUUGUAGGAAGUGCAUAUUAUGUAGCUCCUGAAGUUCUUCAUAGACAAUAUGGGACUGAAGCAGACAUGUGGAGUAUUGGUGUAAUUGCUUAUAUUCUUCUAUGUGGCAGCCGGCCCUUUUGGGCACGGACAGAAUCUGGGAUCUUUCGAGCUGUACUCAAAGCGGAUCCAAUUUUUGAUGAUGCUCCUUGGACAUCUUUAUCCCCCGAAGCAAUAGAUUUUGUGAAGAGAUUGUUAAACAAGGAUUAUCGUAAGAGACUGACCGCUGCUCAGGCCCUAAGUCAUCCAUGGUUAGCCAAUCAUCAUGGCGUAAAAAUCCCAUUGGAUAUGAUAGUAUACAAACUUGUAAAAGCUUAUAUCUGCUCAUCUUCUCUAAGGAAAUCUGCACUGGGGGCUCUGGCAAAGACAUUGACUGUAAACCAGCUAGCUUACCUUCGAGAACAAUUUAUGCUGUUAGGGCCAAGCAAAAAUGGGUUCAUUUCUAUGUCAAACUUUAAGACGGCAGUAAUAAGGAAUUCCACAGAUGCAGUGAAGGAUUCAAGGGUCCUUGAUUAUGUUAGCAUGGUUGGUUCAAUUCAAUAUAGAAAAUUGGAUUUUGAAGAAUUUUGUGCAGCUGCCAUUAGCGUUCAUCAACUAGAAGGAAUGGAUUGUUGGGAGCAACAUGCAAGGCUUGCCUAUGAGUUGUUUGAGAAAAAUGGCAACAGACCUAUUAUGAUAGAGGAACUUGCCUCAGAGCUUGGUCUUAGCCCAUCAGUACCAGUUCAUGUGGUUCUCCAAGACUGGAUAAGACAUGAAGAUGGCAAGCUAAGUUUUCUGGGGUUUGUCAGGCUCCUUCAUGGGGUUUCUUCGCGCACAUUUCAGAAGGCUUGAAAAUACAACCUAUAAGAGCAUUUUAUUUUUCCAUUGCCUUUGCGCUUCUUGACCUGAAACAUUGCAAGGGGAUACAAUGGCAUGCCCAGUUUUACCCAAAACAAGCCUGUGUUCUGUUGAUCACUACAAGGGUUGCUGCAAGUUAAAGCUUUAGCAGUUGGGGCAUGCCUUAGCUAAGUGGAACCAUUUCUGACAUGGUCUCAUGUCAAGUAUUUUUUUUCCUCCUUUUUGUUCUUACAUAUAAAGUUUUUGUUUUUCUUUUUCCUAUGAUUGGUGCCACUGGGAUUAGAUUAUUGUACAGAUAAGGGUAGAUCAAAAUGUGUUUUUAGGUUUAGCAGACGGCUUUAAAGUUGAAGUUAGUUUUUCUUUUCUGGUUUUUGGUUUAUCCUUUGUGUAUCCGUCGCACUACAUUCUCUAAUAAGUUUUCUUGUGAUCUGCAUAAGGUCAUCCAUCAA